AUGGCUGCCUCUCCUCACCAAAAUGGCUGCCUCUCCUCACCAAUACAACACCUCUUCUCGCCAAUAUGGCUGCCUCUAACGUCCAAUAUGGCUGCCUCUCCUCACCAAUAUGGCCGCCUCCCCUCACCAAUAUGGCCGCCUCCCCUCUCCAAUAUGGCUGCCUCUCCCUUACCAAUAUACCUACCAUUCUGUCUCCUCCAGGGGCCUAACUCCAGCACUGAGCUGAGCACCAUGCUGCUGCCUCGCCCGGUGUCCAGAGAAGAGCUCGUGCGGCGGGGCCGAGCUCUGAGCGGGGCCAGCUACCUCACAGACGCCUUGGAGGGUAAGGGCAAGAGGCCUCUGUACCAGUGUUAAUUUUUUAUUAUUUACUCUAGUUUUAGUCAUUUUGAAAAAAUAGAAUUAAGUCACAUUCUUGUCAUUUGAAUAAGUAUUUAGUCUAGUUAUUGUCAAAAUGACGAAAACAGUGGGCCAUUUUAGUCAACUAAAUGCCCUUUCAUUUUAGUCACAUUUUAGUCACAUCACAUUUGCUUUGCCUCAUUAACCUAUAGUAAACAUAAAUCACUGACUUCCAUGUGCACACACAUACAUAGCCUUUUUCUUCAUAUCAUCCUAUCGCAUGAUCUCUUCCCAACAGCCAAUUUGGCAGAAGAACACAUUACUCUGCAGCAGAUCAAAAAUCACACCCAUUGACAUACUGUAGCUACAAUAUAUUGUAAUCAAAGUUCUGUCAUAAGUAGGGGUCUGAUAGGUUGCAGCAACUAACUAGCUAGCAUUAUCAAUAUGUUAUUACCUGAGCAUAUAUGUUGGGAUCUUUCAGAUGUCUCUUGAGGCUGGUAGUAUUUUUCCCCGUCAACUUGUGGGUGCAAAUGCUGUCUUCUCCUGUGGAAACGUUGCAUUCGGUCUUGUUUGAAUCGACACGAUAAGUAAAGUGGCUCCAAACAUCGCCCCCUUUUCUACCGGGAGCUUGUACCAACCGGAGAGUAGCCAUGGCGUGUGCCUUAUUUGCAUCAAUGAUUUGUUACCGCCAGAUUGGAGAACGGUUGCCGGGCAGAGAGGUGACUCGUGAAUGACCUGGGCAUGGUAUUUAUUUUCCACCAAUAACAGCAUUGCAACGUUGCAAUGAGAAAGCCUUACAAUUCUGCUAAUGUCAUGCAUGCUUUUGAUUGGAACAAACAAAUAUCUCUGAAAAGCUCUCAAUCUCUCCAAAAACUCUUGUCCAGUCCACUUAAUAGUCAGAUUUGAGUCACAGAGAUAAGUUUCAAGUUUCAUGUUUUGAGGUUAAAGUUUUAAUGUCACAUGCACAAGUACAUUUCUUGCAAACUCAAAACCCAACAAUGCAAUAAUCAAUAACAAAGUAAUACUAGAAAAAACACACGAGAAAUAAGAAGCAAUAGGAAGAACUGAAUAAGUAAGUAAGUAAGCACACUAUAUACUAGUGGUGUAAAGUACUUAAGUAAAAAUACUUUUUAAGUACUACUUAAGUAUUUUUUUGGGGUAUCUGUACUUUACUUUACUAUUUAUAUUUUUGACAACUUUUACUUUUACUUCCCUACAUUCCUUAAGAAAAUAUUGUACUUUUUACUCCAUACAUUUUUCCUGACACACCAAAAUACUUGUUACAUUUUGAAUGCUUAGCAGCACAGGAAAAUGGUCCAUUCACGCACUUAUCAAAAGAACAUCCCUGGUCAUCCCUACUGCCUCUGAUCUGGCGGACUCAUUAAACACACAUGCUUCGUUUGGAAAUUAUGUCUGAAUGUUGGACAUCCGUAAAUAAAAAAAAGUAGAAAAUGGUGCCGUCUGGUUUGCUUAAUAUAAGGAAUUUUACAUUAUUUAUACUUUUACUUUUGAUACUUAAGUACAUUUCAGCGAUUACAUUUACUUUUGAUACUUAAGUACAGUACCAGUCAAACGUUUGGACAAACCUACUCAUUCAAAGGUUUUUCUUUAUUUUGUACUAUUUUCUACAUUGUAGAAUAAUAGUGAAGACAUCAAAACUAUGAAAUAACACAUAUGGAGUCAUGUAGUAACCAAAAAAGUGUUAAACAAAUCCAAAUAUAUAUUAUAUUUGAGAUUCUUCAAAAUAGCCACCCUUUGCCUUGAUGACAGCUUUGCACACUCUUGGCAUUCUCUCAGUAAAAAUAAAGAAAAACCCUUGAAUGAGUAGGUGUGUCUAAAUUUUUGACUGGUACUGUAUAUUUUUGUUCAGUAUAGGUGUUUGACGAAUAUUUGUCACUGUAUUUGUCGAUGACACUGCUCUGUACUCUAUUGUUCACCUCACUGCCUCAUUGAGGGACAAAUAAUCCCUUGAAACAAACAUGUGUAACUUAGAUUUUGAAACAAAUAUACAGUGGGGAAAAAAAGUAUUUAGUCAGCCACCAAUUGUGCAAGUUCUCCCACUUAAAAAGAUGAGAGAGGCCUGUAAUUUUCAUCAUAGGUACACGUCAACUACGACAGACAAAUUGAGAAAAGAAAAUCCAGAAAAGCACAUUGUAGGAUUUUUAAUGAAUUUAUUUGCAAAUGAUGGUGGAAAAUAAGUAUUUGGUCACCUACAAACAAGCAAGAUUUCUGGCUCUCACAGACCUGUAACUUCUUCUUUAAGAGGCUCCUCUGUCCUCCACUCGUUACCUGUAUUAAUGGCACCUGUUUGAACUUGUUAUCAGUAUAAAAGACACCUGUCCACAACCUCAAACAGUCACACUCCAAACUCCACUAUGGCCAAGACCAAAGAGCUGUCAAAGGACACCAGAAACAAAAUGGUAGACCUGCAACAGGCUGGGAAGACUGAAUCUGAAAUAAGUAAGCAGCUUGGUUUGAAGAAAUCAACUGUGGGAGCAAUUAUUAGGAAAUGGAAGACAUACAAGACCACUGAUAAUCUCCCUUGAUCUGGGGCUCCACACAAGAUCUCACCCCGUGGGGUCAAAAUGAUCACAAGAACGGUGAGCAAAAAUCCCAGAACCACACGGGGGGACCUAGUGAAUGACCUGCAGUGAGCUGGGACCAAAGUAACAAAGCCUACCAUCAGUAACACACUACGCCGCCAGGGACUCAAAUCCUGCAGUGAAAGACGUGUCCCCCUGCUUAAGCCAGUACAUGUCCAGGCCCGUCUGAAGUUUGCUAGAGUGCAUUUGGAUGAUCCAGAAGAGGAUUGGGAGAAUGUCAUAUGGUCAGAUGAAACCAAAAUAGAACUUUUUGGUCAAAACUCAACUUGUCGUGUUUGGAGGACAAAGAAUGCUGAGUUGCAUCCAAAGAACACCAUACCUACUGUGAAGCAUGGGGGUGGAAACAUCAUUCUUUGGGGCUGUUUUUCUGCAAAGGGACCAGGACGACUGAUCCGUGUAAAGGAAAGAAUGAAUGGGGCCAUGUAUCGUGAGAUUUUGAGUGAAAACCUCCUUCCAUCAGCAAGGGCAUUGAAGAUGAAACGUGGCUGGGUCUUUCAGCAUGACAAUGAUCCCAAACACACCGCCCGGGCAACGAAGGAGUGGCUUCGUAAGAAGCAUUUCAAGGUCCUGGAGUGGCCUAGCCAGUCUCCAGAUCUCAACCCCAUAGAACAUCUUUGGAGGGAGUUGAAAGUCCGUGUUGCCCAGCGACAGCCCCAAAACAUCACUGCUCUAGAGGAGAUCUGCAUGGAGGAAUGGGCCAAAAUACCAGCAACAGUGUGUGAAAACCUUGUGAAGACUUACAGAAAACAUUUGACCUGUGUCAUUGCCAACAAAGGGUAUAUAACAAAGUAUUGAGAAACUUUUGUUAUUGACCAAAUACUUAUUUUCCACCAUAAUUUGCAAAUAAAUUCAUAAAAAAUCCUACAAUAUGAUUUUCUGGAUUUUUUUUUCUCAUUUUGUCUGUCAUAGUUGACGUGUACCUAUGAUGAAAAUUGCAGGCCUCUCUCAUCUUUUUAAGUGGGAGAACUUGCACAAUUGGUGGCUGACUAAAUACUUUUUUUCCCCACUGUAAGUGCAUUAUUGAUUGAUGAUCAUAUUAUGAUAAUGUUCCCACAAACUCUGAUAGAUGAGGAAAUAAACAUACUGAACGUGCUGCAGCUUUUUUGCUGAAUCAUAAACAUCAUACAGUUACUCCUCCUCGUUUGAACGUCUCUAUGAUUCAAAGAAACACUGUAAAUCAGAUCUUCACCCAAGCUCAUUUUUAGGACAAACCUCAUUCCUGAAUCCCAAAUCCUAGUCAUUCGAAAGCUACUUUAUCGCACCUCGGUUAAAAACGACUUGCAAAACGAUUAAUGUUCAGCAGACAAUUCAUUGGUGUUCCCCAAGUUCACCCAAGGUUCUCAGCCACUGCUCUCUGUGGACCAUCAAGGUGACCAUUGUGUGAGCUCAGGAUCUCCUCGUAUCUACUGAGGCUUGAGGCUGUCCUCAAUUGUACACCGUCUGUACCUAUGGACUAGAUAGAGGGUGACAGUGCGGCAGAAGCCACAGUGCAACACGACACCAACAGGUAAACAAAUUAGAGGUAUCACGCAUUAGAGGGCCUCGCAGCCUCAUCCUCAGCCUCCAUUGAGCUACCGUCAAUCUUCAUCAAACUCGUCAGUACGCAUGCCUGCACCCAAGCAUAGGCCCUACCAACCAACAUCUGGAAAAGGCAUAUUGUGCUAACCUUCCUAAAGUAGCAGAGUACAUUACUUAGACACAGAACAGUCUCUUAUACCACAAAGGUUGAUUUUAAAAAAGUGAUGUGACCACCUCUCUCUCCCCCCCCCCCCCCCCCCCCCCUCCUAGAACUGGAGGAGUCGCAUCAGAAAUGUCACCCCUGCUGGUAUGAGUUUGCCCACAAGUACCUGAUCUGGGAAAGCAGUCCACGCUGGCUGCGGUUGAAGGCGCUGGUCAAGGUGAUGGUGAUGGAUCCCUUCCUGGACCUAGCCAUUACCAUCUGCAUCGUGCUCAACACCCUGUUCAUGGCCAUGGAGCACUACCCCAUGACUGACGAGUUCAAUGGUAUGCUGUCCAUAGGCAAUCUGGUAAGUGGAAACUGGAGAGGGCUCAGGGGUCAACCUUGGCGGUCACAG